AUGUCCCUCACCUGGAUCAUCCUGGCCCUGGCCGCUUCAGCCGCAGCUCUGCCAUCCGGUCCCUCGCCCACGCCGACGAACACCCAACUACUUCAACGAUCAGUAAUCACCUCUUCGACUGUUUCUGCGGUGCCCACAGGCGACUUCAUCACCACCAAAUUCAUCACCAUCCCCGGCGUUACAGACAGCCACGUCACAGUGCCCGCCAAGACCAUCGCCCUCGCCCUCCCGACCUGCGUCCAGACCAUCGAGCCGGACGCCAAUGGUUACGUGCCCCCGGGGAGUUGCGGCGCUCUCUGGAACUACUACCCGAGCUUCGCGGCGGCUAUCGCAUUUGCCGUGAUAUUCGGCGUCUUGACUGCCGUUCAUAUUUGGCAAGCGGCCAGAUACAAGAAGAGAUGGUGCUGGGUCAUUAUCAUGGCGAGCAUUUGGGAAACCCUCUCCUUCGCCUUUCGCUCUCUAAGCACACGGUACCAGCAGAAUAGCGGCAUCUACCUCAUCUUUCAAAUCUUCAUCUUGCUUGCGCCCUUGUGGGUCAACGCCUUCGCAUACAUGACCCUCGGCCGGAUGAUUCACUUCUUCCACCCCUCGCGCUCCCUCCUACGCGUCCCCGCUACCUUCUUCGCCGCCCUCUUCGUCGCCCUCGACGUAGUCUCCUUCAUCAUCCAGCUCGUCGGCGGCAGCAUGGCCGGCCCGACCGCCCCACCGGAGGAACAAAUGCGCGCGAUACAUAUCUACAUGGGCGGCAUUGGCCUCCAAGAGGUCUUCAUCCUCGCUUUUGUGGGGUUGGCGCUCGUUUUCCAGCGGGAUAUGCGGCGGGCGGAGAAGCUUCACAACGGACGGGAAGAGUGGAGGCCGCUGGUGUGGGCGCUGUACUUUUCACUGGGCAGCAUUACCGUCCGCAUCAUAUACCGGCUCAUCGAGUUUUCCUCCGGGAAUGGGGUGGAUAAUCAGCUCAUCACGCGCGAGGGGUAUUUCUAUGCGUUGGAGGCGGUGCCGAUGGUGUUGGCUAUUGCCGUGUUUAAUGUCGUGCACCCCGGGGCGAGAAUGAAUGGGCCGGGGGCUGAGAUGCCGGGUAUAUUCGCCACGAUCAAGGAAGCCUUCAACAAGAGGACAGGGAGGUUUCCGUUGAAGGACUUCGGCGAGGAACAAGAGCUCGCGAGGAGAUCUCCGAGUUCGUGA